GAAAUAUUGUUGUAGAUGACCUGCGCAUCGAUGCGCUUCGGCGGAACACUUGAACUUUCCUACGAUGCCGCUCUGCGCCGCCUGCUGCGUUACCAAGGGCUUUAACAAGUUUCACGGCGGACAAAGACACCUGCCGCGACCAGUGUGUAAGGAGUGUUUUAGAAAUGGAAAGAAACCGGUAGACCUAGGAGGCGAGCCGGAGGCGUUACUGAUUCGAGCUCCAGGCGACAAGAAAACUGCGAGUCUGGCUGAUUUUCAACUGCUCAGCGUCAUCGGACAAGGCGCAUUCGGCAAGGUUAAGCCGGGUGUUAAGCGGUUGGUGUAUGGACGCCUGAUCGUAAGUUUUAAUGUUGCUUUUGAUGGUUGCGGUUCUAGGUGCUACUGGUGCGACACUCUACCACUGGAAAGGUUCACGCGAUGAAGAUCAUCAGUAAACAGUUCGUCAUUGAUAUGGACAGCGUCCACUACAUGAAAACCGAGCGUGACGUCAUGACCAAGAUUCGCCACCCUUUUGUGAUUGGGCUGAAUUACGCCUUUCAAACGGAAUCCAAGGUUUAUCUUGUGAUGGAUUACCAGUCUGGAGGAGAAUUGUUUUCUUAUCUGAAGGAAGAAGGCACUUUUACUGAGGACGCCACACGGUUCUACAUGGCCGAAAUGAUUCUGGCCUUGGAGCACCUCCACGGGCAUGGCAUUAUCCAUCGAGACCUGAAGCCGGAAAACGUACUCAUUUCAGCCGAAGGACACAUCAAGCUGACCGACUUCGGAUUGGCAAAGGAGUACGUUGAAGGACAGGAAUUGCUGACAGUCUGCGGUACAAAGGAAUAUAUGGCACCGGAGAUGCUACUCGGCAAGGGCUAUGACUCGGCUGUGGAUUGGUGGUCACUUGGGGCUCUAGCGUUCGAGAUGCUGACGGGGAACCCACCAUUCAGGUCGAAAAACCCAGCAGACUUGCACAAAAAAAUUCUCUCGGCUAAGAUCCAAUUGCCGCGAUGGCUCUCAGGCGAAGCUCACUCGUUAAUCAAAUCUCUCUUGGAGCGUAAUGUGAGCAAAAGACUAGGCGGAGGCAAGUCAUCCAUGUUUGUUGUGAAGGGAGUGCAGGCUCUAAAACGCCACCCGUUUUUCAAAUCGGUGGACUGGGAGAAGAUGGAAACCCUACGCGUCCCUCCACCAAUGGUGCCCAGUGUUUCUGACGAAGCAGACACCAGUAAUUUUGACAAGAAGUUCACGGACAUGUCGGCCUCGGACCUAAUGUGCGAUCCAGUCAUUGAAGAAGACAACAACUUGUUCCGAGGAUUCUCAUUUUGCCGUCGAGACAGCCUUAAGGAGAUCAUCUCUAACCCCCAGUCACCGAUCAACACAACGCUGCUACCAACUAUCGCUAGUCUAGUUAUUGAUGGCGACGACAUCAAGGACAUCAACGACGCUAUCGCGACAGCAGUGGGGAAGCAGCCAGCAAUUUUAACAUGAACGACGGAGUUACUGCUCCUUCUUCUCCUCCAGCUUCGCGGCGAGCGUAUCAAUGGAACUGAACUGGCGAGUCCAACGCGAGUUGUACAGGAACGGACGCAAGUCGAAGCGGUUGUCAUCUGGCGAGUAGUUCUCAGCGUGGUAAGACGGCGUCAGUGUAGUCAUCUUGUGACGGUUAACGGAGUAAUAGAAGAAGAAUCGCUUGACCUUCGUCGCCACUUCGGUGGGCGCCAGAUGACUCCACAGGUUCGUCAGCUUGCGGAACAUCCAGUAGGGGCCGCAUCGGUCGAUCUUGCGCAGACGACCGAAGAAUCCCAGCUCGUCGUACGUCAUUCCCAUGUCUUCCUCGUCUAGCUGGGAGUGAUCAGCGUCUUCUUCAGCGUUCUCGUCAGUGGGACGAAG